CACCUGAUUCGAGACAGAAAGUUUGCCACGUCAACGAAUGAAAGUUUUUUUUUAAUCAAUGAAAGACGUUUACUAAUAACAUAUGCGUAUUUUUUUAAACGAAACUGAGUUAAUAAUGUUCCGGAAAACAAUGUGGAGGAAAGCAGUGAGUGAUGCGGUCAGCUCACGUCAACAUCGAGCCCUGAAUACUACCAUUUUUAUCCUCAAAGAGUUUGGACCGAUUGGUUUUCUUCUGAAAGAGGAUGGAGACGACAAACACUAUAAAGUGUGUUUGGGCGAUCCACACACGUGCACCUGCACAACCUUUCAGAAGGAGAAGGAUCUUUGUACACACAUCUGCUGGAUUUUAAUGCGUAAAUUCCGACUGCCACAAGAUCAUGAAUAUUGUUUUCAGUAUGGUCUUGCGGAGCGACAGAUCCUAGAGCUGCUACAAGGGCUUCAUGUGACCAAAACUACGUCUCCUAAUGACAGGAGGAGCUCAGGCCCAUCAUGUCCUGAGCCUAGUGAGGAAGACGGAAGCAUCAGACAGAAAGACAUUGAGAAAGAUGAUAUAUGUCCAAUCUGUCAAGAAGAACUUUUGCUGAAAAAAUUGCCUGUGACCUAUUGCAAGUUAAGCUGUGGAAACAACAUCCACAUUUCCUGCAUGAAGGUCUGGGCUGAUCAUCAAAUGAAAAGGGACCCGCGUGCACUUCUUAAAUGUCCUCUCUGUAGGGAGGACUUUGGCACUUUUAAGCAGCUAAUUGAACAGGUGAAAAAUGCAGGUGAACUGUUAACCUGCUAUGAGAAGGACUGUCUGGACAAACAUCUGGGUGUUAUGUGUAACAGCUGCAGGGUUUGUCCAAUCAUCGGCAAAUGUUUCAAGUGUACAGAGUGCAGUUUUUUCCAUCUGUGUGAGGACUGCUUUAGGAGAACAGUCCAUCCUCAACAUUGCUUCAUGGUUCGAAUGAAAAGAGGUCAGCAAUGGCAGAGAGUAGAACCUCACAUCUCUGAGGAAACACAGAAAAUGGAAAACUACUCAGUGUGUAGUAGCUCCAGCAGCAUGACUGGUGUGAUAUGUGAUGUAGUCCCGAACUAUGUAAUGAAGAGUUUGCCAAUGGUGAGAGUUCGGAGAGAGUCCAGACUGCUUCAUCCAGGUGUUCAGUGUAGAAUCUGCCUCUCAAGAUUUCAACAGGGUCAGCAUGUCAGAACCCUUCCCUGCAAACACAAGUUCCAUACUGGCUGUAUUGAUCCAUUGCUCCGUAAGUCUAACUGCUGCCCACUGGACUGCCACGUCAUCUACAAUCCUCUCAUGUGGAAUUCCAAAAUUGGUAGAACAGAAAGCUCUCUGACUCCAUCUAGUGAUGUUCUGAGCAAGCGUACCGAUGGCCAGAUCACAGAGUUCUUUCUACCAGGUAUCGGUUUGCACGUAAAAAGAAGGAGCGCUCCAUCUCCGUUGAGAAUAGUGACAUCUGAACCAAGGUAUUCCAGUCCUUCCUCUGUGGAUUCAUUCACUCAGGGCUUUCGGGAUCUAUGCAUCAAUAGUUCCCACAUAGAACCAUAUACCAGAAUGUCCACCAUGAAGCAAAAUCAUACAAAAGAACAGAGGUCUCUUCAUAGGAGCUUAUCAGUUGGGAAGGCAAUAGCUGCACAGGCUGAGAGUAGAGAGUCCUUCCUAAAUAGGCCCUCAGCAACUUGUUUGAACAUCCAGUCAGCUUUGGAUGGAACUCAAAAUGAUCAGCAAAGACUUACUGUGGGCAUUAAUGGGUCAUCCAGGAUGACUCCAGCUUUUGGCAGGAUCAGACCAUUGAGGAAUGGUCACUUAAGAGAGAGAACAAGGCCAAACAGGGUGGAUGUGAAGGAUCUUCAUCUCUGGAUGACAAACAGUCCUGUCAAAGUUAUACUUAUGAGAAAACAACAGUAAAGUAAACAAGUAUGCAAUCCCAAAAAAAGUGGUAGCAAGUUGCUUCAAGGGUGUCUGGAUUACCUACACAGUCCAGGGAACAAGAAUUCAAAUUGAAUAAUAUUAAAAAGCUUUUAUUAAACUUUGGCUAUAACAUUUAAAUCCAGAAGUGCCCUGAGGAAGACUCUUUUUAAUGUUAUUACCCUGUUAUUAUGUUUUGUUAUUACCUUUUUAAUAUUUCACCUCAUAUGAGUGCCUUCAUUUUCUUGUUUAAUAAAAUCAAGCAUGUUAGGUUUUCUUGUGUUUAGCUGAGCAAUAACUGAAUGGCAGAAUCUUUAAUCUCAGAAUAAACAAUGCUUGAUUUUUCCUGAAAACAAUGGCAAAGACUUCAGAUACAUCUUUACAAGCCAUUUUUUGCCCUGUUUUAAAAUGGGAUUUUUAAUAUUAUACCCAACGUGACCCUUAAAAU